GACCCCAACAACUCUUCUCCAAAAGUCUCGAACUUCAACGCAACGCAGCGCAGCCGCUCCUCCAGAGACCCCGGAAAAAGAAUCUCCGAUGGCCGACUCGGACAACGACUCCGGCGGCCACAACGGCCACUCGCAGGGAGGGGAGCUGUCGGCGCGUGAGCAGGACCGGUUCCUGCCGAUCGCGAACGUGAGCCGCAUCAUGAAGAAGGCAUUGCCGGCCAACGCCAAGAUCUCCAAGGACGCGAAGGAGACCGUCCAGGAGUGCGUCUCCGAGUUCAUCAGCUUCGUCACCGGCGAGGCCUCCGACAAGUGCCAGCGCGAGAAGCGCAAGACGAUCAACGGCGACGAUUUGCUCUGGGCCAUGACCACCUUGGGAUUCGAGGAGUACGUCGAGCCGCUCAAGAUCUAUCUCCAGAAGUACCGCGAGAUGGAAGGAGAGAAAGGCGCCGUCGGAACCGCCGGAAGAGACAAGGAAGGCGGCUCCGGAGGCGGAGGAUCGGCUGCUGGAGGCGGCGGCGGAAGCGGAGGCGGAUUGAGCUCCGGGACGAGCGGCGGCGGCGGAGGGGGCGCGUUUAAUGGGGUUUAUGGUGGGAUGGGGAUGUUGGGUCAUCAUCAGGGACACGUGUACGGCUCAGGUGGGUAUCAACAUCAAAUGGGGAUAGGGGAGAAGCGCGGUGGUUCCGGCGGUGGAGCUUCAGUGAGGUCAAGGUAGGUACUUUACUUGCUAAAAGAUGGUGAAUUCUUGGAGUAAUUGUCGCUAUAUAAUGUGUGUAAUUGUAAGAAAGGGAAAAUGAGAUAGUGUGUACUAUAGUGCAUGGUACAAUGUAGCUAAUUUGAGUGAGAGAGAGAACUCAGAGAAGAAGAAGACAGAAACCUUUUUUUUUUUUUUUUGUGUCUGUUUUUCUGUAUCAUAUUGGAUUUUCAUGCAGUAGUAGUAGUAGUAGAGCUCCUGUUUCUUCUUCCUAGUUGUUUUCAUCAAUGUGGUUCAGCAUCAAUGAUUCAAUGGGAUUUGUAUUUGUGUUGU